AUGGCCGCGUCGCCGCGGGUCCCUAGGCCGCCCUGGGACUCGUGUCGACGCAGCUGGGCUGGUGGCCGCGCCCUGAGCGCCCUGGGGGCCGCACACUUCGGAGCCGGGGCAGGGCGCAUCUGGCUGGAUGAGCUGGGCUGCCAGGGCCACGAAUCUGCGCUGUGGCAGUGCCCGUCGGCGGGCUGGGGCCAGCACGACUGCAGCCACAAGGAGGACGCCGGCGUCCUCUGCUCAGAGUUCACGGAUCUGAGGCUUCAGGACCACAGGCAGCCAUGCGCAGGGCGGCUGGAAAUUUUCUACAAUGGGACCUGGGGUGGUGUCUGCCGGACCCUGAGUGCGGCCUCCCUUGAGGUCCUGUGUAGGCAGCUGGGCUGUGGGUCCCACGGGCAGCUGCAGGCCAGGACAGGAAGCUGGUCUGCUCCUGAGUUUCUCUGGGUGGGUUCCAUCCAGUGCAGGGACAGGCAUGACCGGUCCCUGUGGCAGUGCCCAUCAGCCCCCUGGGACCAGCAUUCAUGCUCCAGUGGAGAGGAAGCGUGGGUCCUGUGCACAGAAAAGGCAGCAGAAGUUCCUGAGGACCCUGGGGAGCCCCUCAACUGCUCCUCCUCGCUCGGCUGCCCAGAGGAGGGCGCGCUGCGCGUGCGCGGGGGCGAGGACCGCUGCUCCGGGCGCGUGGAGCUCUGGCACGCGGGCUCCUGGGGCACCGUGUGUGACGACGGCUGGGACCUGGCGGACGCGGAGGUCGUGUGCCGCCAGCUGGGCUGUG